AUGGGACGAACCCGACAGGUUUCGCUCCAUCAUCGCAUCACCGGUAACAUUUAUGCCUUUUUCCUGGUACCUGAUAUACCCGGCAACCCCCAGGGCCAUAAUCGUCCAGAGGAGCAGGUGGCCAAUAAUGGAAAAGGUGCGAAACAUUAUUACGAGGCUUUGAGGAAGCCCGUGGGGAAUAGGAUCAGAAUCCCCAGGAAUCGCAACGAAGAUGAUGAGAGCCGCGAUGGCAUACCCGAAGGCUAUUCCCGCAUAUCCCAGGAAGCGUUGAGAGCCUUCCCAACCCAGCUGGUGAACAUGCCGAACAGCCAGACCGGCAACUGCUGUAGCACCAAGGGACAACAAUAUAAACAGGAACUGGAAUCCCUGCCGACCGAGGAGAGACGCUUCAUCACCGACACCCGGCGGGUUGAGAGGGAAUUUGAUCUGGGUAAAGAGCGAAAUGGACCAGAAGCCCAAUGCACCACCUAUGACGGCCCAUGCCCAUAUGUUCCAGCCCGGGACUGCCUGCCUCACCAACCGGAACAAAGCCGUGAAAAACGGCACCAUAAAUGA